UAGGAGUAUAAGAAUUGGAAUGGGAGCAGAAAAUUCAAACUUGAGCGAGCAGGUUGAGAAAAAGUCCUUUUUGGGUUUCAAUUCACAGUUCCCACUGGCGGUGGUGGUGGCGGAAGAAAGAUGGUGGGGAGGAAGAUGGAAUGGGCGGCGAGAGGGAACCACCUAAGAGGGAUACCAAGAAAAGCUAUUUUCAUGGCGGUCGGCGCUUUUGCAAAAGCGGUAGCCAAUUUGCUCAACACCACCACCGUCCAUAAUGCCGAGACCCUCAUUCACCUUGUCCGAUCCCGCCCUCCUGGCGUCCCUCUCCUCACCGUCAGCAAUCACAUGUCCACGUUGGAUGACCCUGUCAUGUGGGGUUUCAAAGGUUUCCCCAUUACUGAUGCAAGAAUUGGACGCUGGGUACUAGCAGCUGAAGAUAUAUGCUUUAAAAAUACGGUGCUGUCAUAUUUUUUCCGACUUGGGAAAUGCAUACCUAUAACAAGAGGAGGAGGAAUCUAUCAGGAACAUAUGAAUGAAGCUCUUGAUCGCUUGAGGGAUGGAGCUUGGUUACAUACAUUUCCAGAAGGCAAAGUGUGUCAAGAAGAAGCACCAAUAAGAAGGUUAAAAUGGGGAACUGCCAGUCUCAUUGCUCGUGCUCCUGUAACUCCAAUAGUUCUGCCAAUUUUUCAUCAUGGUUUGCAAAAGGUGAUGCCUGAAAAUUAUAUGUUUGGAAGAAGACCUCUUUUACCGUUAUGGAAUAGGAAUAUCAACAUUGUCAUUGGUGAGCCAAUAGAAUUUGACUUGCCUAAGCUGAAGCAGACGGCAUUGUAUCGGUCUAAGGAUUCAAGUCAUUCUGGUGCCAGGUGGCCCAUUCUGAAACCGUGUGGACUGGAUGAGGCAGCACAAAGAUGGCUUUACACAUCCAUAUCAGAGCGAAUUCGGACUGUGAUGGAGAGAUUGCAAAGUUUGGGAAAGUUGAAGUGCUGAUCUAAAGUUCAAAGAACUGAACUUGACAGUGUGGUUUUGAGUCAUGGCGCACUCAACUUCCUAUUUUUAAAUCUUGUGCAUUUUUGGCAGGCUUUUUACACUCCCUCUUGUUUGUUGAAGAUUAAUGUCUUAGGUCUAGAAUGAAUUUUUCUGCCCAUUGACGAUUGGUGUUGAUUAACUCUGUAGUUGCGCUUUCAAGUGGAGAGUGUAUUAGUUGCAAAUCUUGCAGGUUGCCAUUUACAGUUUAUGCCGGACUUC